UUUCAGCAGUAUGUCGGAUGAAGAAGAUAUAGAUGAAAGCUUUGAAAUCGAAGAGGACGGAAUUUCAAUCACAGAUGCCAGAGGAAACAGUCUGAAAGCGCAACAAAUUGCUGGUAAAGAACGAAAUUUGGAUCCAGAAGCCGAUGAUUUGGAGGUAGUCGUCAAUUUCUACGAAGCAGGCGACGGAACAUUCCAACUACAACUGCCCAAACUAACAGCUGUGAAACCAGUGGAUAAAGUCAAUGAUGUACUGGACUUUAUCAAUUUUGACAAGAAAGUAUGCGAUGGAAUCCAUUCAUCAAUCAAAUUAGUUUCACAACGAGAUCAGACGGGACCAGCACCGUUUCCGAAGCAUAAGCUGACGUGCGCCCAUUGCGACUGGUCGUUCGACAAUGUGAUGAAGCUUGUCCGUCACCGAGGUGUUCACAAGAAUGUGGGAGUCUACAUGUGUCAAGUGUGCCUCACACUGUUUGGACACACCUAUAAUCUGUUUAUGCAUUGGCGGACAUCGUGUAGCCAGACAUCGACAACUGCCACGGAUAUCGAGAUACAACUCCAGAAAGCAGAAACGCCGUACCUUCAUCGCAAUGUGCUCAAUGUUUUGGGCUCACUGAACCGAGCGUCGCAAUACUACUGCACUGGUGGUUAUGUAUUUCUGCCGUCGGAUUGGUGCAUCACAAAUAAGGAAAUUGUUAUGGAAAAGGAUCAUAUGUCGUCGUGUCAUUUAUGUCACCUGCCUGUACCAAAUAAAUUUCUCGAAGCUCACGGAAAUGUGCAUCGGGGGCGAUUUCGAAUCGAUGGACGUAUCUACGGCGACUACUUUUGUCAUAUUUGUGGAACAGUUUUCAUAGAACAAGAUAAUCUAUUCAAGCAUUGGCGUUUGCAUUGUGAAGAGGUUAUUGCCUACACACCAGUCGACCAAUAUCUAUCAAAUACGGAGCUCGCCACACUCGCUUGGCUCGUCCUUCAAACGACAAUCUCACAAGCCGAUAUUGAAUGCUUGAGGGUCAGCUCGUCGCUGAUCACUGAAAAAUUGGCAAAAGAGCACGCGGAGAGACACGGAAUCGCCAAUAGUAUGCACAAGUAUUAUCACUUUCCACAGGAGAUUUGGCCCCUCAAAACGUUUGUCAAUUUGGAUUUGGUUAAUGAUGCGAUUCCGAUUUCAGGAGAAAAUUCAUUUAAGAUAAAAGAUCCCAAACGCCCAGUGCACAUAAUGAACUUGCUCGCUACGGCGUGUCCGGGCUUUUACGCAACAGGAAAGACGUUCAACAUGAUUUGCAGUACGAAAAAAUCGGAAUCAGACACGAAAAAGGUGUAUCGCGUCAUAUUGAGAUAUACGACAGAGGGAUCCGUUAUUCAAUCGUACGAUUUCACGGCUCGCUCAUUCCCCAAACUCCGCGUGGACUCGGAAACGCCAGAAGGUGUUUUUAGCCAUCCGCUGGCCGAUUUCAAUGUGGAAUCGAACGAGGCGAUCGUGUGUCACAAGUGUGAUAGUAAAAAGUUGACAAUCACGUUCUCGACGGAAGUACGGUUGAAGUAUCAUCUGCUUCGACAUUCGGAGUCACGAAAAGACGGUUAUCAUUGUGCGAUUUGCAAGAUUAUAGUAUACAAUCGUAGUCAUGAGGAGCACUGGAUCAAUGAUUGUAUUCCGCUCCAGAAAUUGUAUAGAGAUCAAAAGGACCGAGAGUGCUUCGACGCAGAAUUUGCUGCAAAAUGUGCGAGCAUCAUAAAAAAGCUCAGAAUACGAACAUUGAUUCGAUGGAAGGAACGAGCGAACGAGGACUGGGUGGAGACGAAGCAGACGCCUGAUCGUAUCGGAGAAGAUUUUGCUAUAAAAUUCCAAGUUGGUACCACUGCUCUGAAGACGCUGAUGGCCGGGCUCGAGGAGCAUUAUAAAAAUGCUCAGGCUAGACAUGAGGCGUAUAAGUACAGCGAGGAAAACUUUUUGCCGCCACUUUCGACGCCGGUCGUUGUAUGCUUUCAUUGUGGCACCCGCUGUCAUUAUACGCUACUUCACGACCACCUUGAUUAUUGCCACUAUUGGCCGCGUAACAAACGAUUAGUCAAUGAAGAAUUUCAUAAAUGGAAGAAGAACGGCUGUCGAAAUACGUGGCGAGUUAUGAAAAGUGUAGCUGAAGCAAUGCAAAUUGAAGUGCCGUUCAUAUCUGAGGAGCAAUACUCAAAGAUACUCGACUACCACACCUACUUUUGCAACGACACACGCUACAAGGUUCAGGACUCAAUCAACAAUUGGAACGAUUGCUCAACAAUUCGAGACGUUGAUUUGUCCGAAAAACUUUCAGUUGCUGAAAUUGUGCAAAAGGGCGAGGACUCAGUGAUGGCUCCAGAACCUGAUAUAAUCAAAAAUGUUUACUUUCCGUCUGCUCGUAUUAUUACAGAUAAUAUGCUGUUGCGAAUGACAGAGAUAAACUUGAAUGAUGUCGUGCAGCGAGACCCAAUCACCAAAGAGGAACUAACGGGAAAAUUCAAGGAAGUUCAAGACGAGCAAGACGCGAUUCUGUUUGGUGACUACCGUGCUGUUUUGCGAUCGAAGGGUAUUAUGGUCAAUUCGAUUUCGGAUUUUGUUGCUCCUCCAGAUGAGCUUGCGAAAGCAAAAGCAUCCCAGGAGUCUGCUGGUCAAGAAAGUGUGGAUCAUAGGAAUCGAAGGGAACGAGAAUUUAUUCAACAGUAUAUGGGUAAAGAUCUGGCACUCGAGGCGGCCGCCCGCGAAAAUGGGAGACUCGUCGAGGUUGACGAAGAGGCGGAAGAUUAUGAACUGACUCCGAAGGAGCUCAACGCUCGAAGACUCGUCGAACGGAAUCGUCACCGAGAGAUGUGCAAAACGAGGUGUGAGCAUGGCGAGUAUGACUAUGAAAAGUUCAAGGCGAGGCAAGUGCCCAUUAAUCCGGCAAAAAUGAAGGAGCGGAAAUAUCUGACUCGUGUGGUACACGAGAGCGGCCCGGAUGAUGAUGUGUGCCCAGAUGAGCCGGAGAAUAACAUCAUCGCGUUCUCACCAAAAUAUGAAAAUUCGCUCAGCGACUUUCGCAUAAGUGCAAUUGGUUUCCGCGAAAAGUAUUUGGCGGACGAUAAAAAGAAGAGAAAUGGAAUUCCGAUUCGAAAAAUGACUGAGGCUCAGAAAGGUGUUGCGCUAGACUACGAUACGUUGAUGGCGCGACACGGAGGUCGUCCCGACGUGAUAAUGAACCCGGCCGGAACUGUUUUUGUGGGAGGAUUUGUGUUCGAUCGGAAACCGACGUGCCAGGAUAACAUGCAGACUGUUUAUGUUCUUCGUAAUGGCUAUGCACACCGGUACCGAAUUUAUCACUGCGAAGACACGAAUGGCAUUUACAAAUUUGUUUGGCCGCAGGAGCAAAGUUUUGACCCCGAUUCGCUUGCAAAAAGUGCUCGAGUCAGAAUGGUCAAGCAAGUCAAAUCACCUGAACACAUGAUCCAUCACAUUGAAGAAAUUGAUGAGUCUAUUGGACAUAAUUACCGACUGAAUAGAAAACGGCGAAACUCGGAAACACGUGAACACGAGCUCAUUGAACUCGAUACGGACGACCUGAAUGAGCCGAGUACUAGUGAUGGAAGAUAUAGUUUUGGGCAUCACGGAUAUCGUUGACAUGAUUGUAUUACGAAAUAUUUAAUUUGAAUCUCAACUCCUUUCUACGAUCUUUUUUCUUUUACGUGUGGAAAAAUAUCAUAAAAUUUGAUCUUUCAUUAAAAACUCUAUUUUUCUUUUUAAAACUCAAGCUAUAAACAUUAUUUUUCAUUUUGAGUUCCUAAAAACUUUUUUUGAAUUUUUCAAUUAUUUUUGAAAUUAAGCUUGAAAAUCAUGAUUAUGAAUCAAGAAAAA